CUGUUGUCGAUAUCCUUAUUGCAUCAUCGCUGUGGUAUCUCCUCGCUACCUCCCGCACUGGGUUCUCCAGGUAACGAGCGACCUGUUGACUGUCUGGAUCUGGCAUAAUGAUGUCGAAUGUUUAGCAUGCAUUCCUUCGCCAACAAGUUUAUGAGUUACACUGUCAAUACCGGUUGUAUCACGAGUAUAGGUUCAAUGGCAACUAUGAUUACAUGCGCAGUGAUGCCGAACAACUUUAUCUUUCUCGGCAUUGGAUUUUUAGUAGCUAAAUUAUACGUUAACUCGUUUCUCACUCUCCUGAAUGCGCAAUACUACUUGGAGGGCAAUGCAGACAAUAUUGAUUCCUCCAACAAGCGCCGUAUGCGCCAAUCACCCUACCGACGGGAGCCUCACAUUAAGGUGCCACAAGACGAGGAACUCCAAGCCUCCCGGCAGAACAUGUGUAAACAUCUUGACGAUGAAGUGAUUUUCACUCGACCUGUACCGACUGACAUGCCACAGCGUCCGCCGAUUGCAGUCACGGUUGAGAUAAGUUCUUUCUCGUCGGCUUAAUGGAUUAUCAUAUUAUAACAUCGACAGAAUCUGGCCACAUAAUCCUACCUUUGUGCAUUCUAAUGUACUGCGUGGUUAACCCAAGUUAGGCCCUCAAGACAUAUUGAGAUGCAGGGGUAAGCACAUUAUCCGUGAGGUAUUUAGCGGCCGCUACUGUCCGAA